ACAAAAUUGAUGCUAAAUUUAUAUGUUACUCUAUUUUUUUUUUCUUUGCUUUGAACGAUGACAGAUCCAUGGUUCAACUUCAUGCCUCCAAGUUCCAACUACACUUCUUCUUCUUCUUCAAGUACUGUUCCAACACAAAAUCACCCAAACCCUUCUUCUCAACCUCGCACCAUCUUCAACAAAUCUCAAAUUCCUCAUCAUCAUCCUCUCAAGGAAGCUCUUCCAUUCAUCAAUUAUCUCUCUCUUACAAGUCAACAACAACAAGAAAGCAUUAAGGAACCCUCAAGCAGUUCCAUGGAAGAAGAGGACAAGAGCAUUAUUAGCCUGUUUCCCACCAUAGUUGAUGAUGGUGAUGAUGGUUAUGAUUAUGAUGAGGAUGAUGAUGAUGAUGGAGGUGUAACUGUGGAGCUACACAUAGGGUUACCUAACCCUAGCUCCGAUCUGAAGUCUAGGGCUUCUUCCCCAUCAAAAGAUAUGACAGCUGAUAAAUUACAACGGAAUCCUGUUAGUGCCGGUGCAGCUUCUGGGAAUAGUACUACUCCAUUAAGCAAAGGACAGUAUUGGAUUCCUACACCUUCCCAGAUUCUCGUUGGUCCUACACAGUUUUCAUGCCCUCUUUGCUGUAAAACCUUUAAUAGGUACAACAACUUGCAGAUGCAUAUGUGGGGACAUGGAUCUCAAUACAGAAAAGGACCAGACUCUCUAAAAGGAGCCCAACCAACCGCCAUGCUAAGGCUACCAUGCUAUUGUUGUUCACCUGGUUGCAAGCACAACAUCGACAACCCAAGAGCCAAGCCCUUAAAAGAUUUCAAAACCCUUCAAACGCACUAUAAAAGAAAACAUGGCAUUAAGCCCUUCGUAUGUAGGAAAUGUGAGAAAGCUUUUGCCGUCAAAGGUGAUUGGCGAACCCACGAGAAGAACUGCGGCAAGGUUUGGUAUUGUAUAUGCGGCUCCGAUUUCAAGCACAAACGGUCUUUGAAAGAUCAUACCAAGGCUUUCGGUCCGACAGGUCAUGGUGCGGUGGGUGGUGUGGAUUCUUUAGACGAAGACGAUGAACCUGGAUCAGAAAUUGAACCGAUAUAAAUCGAAUGGAGAUUAUUCAAAGAUCGAAUUCGGGUUAAAUUAGUUUUUUCUCUUCUAUUGUCCCCACAAAAAUAAAUAUGGAUAAACGUUAACAGCCAUGUCGAAUUGUUCUAUAUAUGUGCGUUUUAAUAAAGAAAUGAAUGGGUUUUAAUUAAUCCAUGCAAUAGUAGUCUAAUUAAUUU